AUGUCUCGUAGAAGGAAAGCUCGUAAUAUCCCCACGAUAGAAAGCAGUGAUAGCGAGAUCGAAGAAAGUCCUAAUAAAAAACUGAAAUCUCCCGAAAAUCUACCAAAAGUUGGGGAAGAUUCAUCGUCCAGUGAGAGUGAUAUAGAAAAUUACUUACAACCUAUAGAUAAGCUAGAUUUCUCAUCGUCAUUUUUCAAUCCUCCACCAAAGAAGGAACAACAGGAGCAAUUCGAUCGAAUCGAACAGAACAUCUUUGAAGGCGUUUCGACAUUAAGCAGCUCAGAUUCCGAUGAAGAAAAGGAAGACAAUGAAACUCCUAAAAUUAAUCUACAAGACGUUGCCUCCACGUCUAAGCAAAGCUUUCAACAGCUUAGCGAAUUUACGAGAAAACUCGAAGAAGCGAAAGCCCAAGUGGAAAAGUACCAAGCCAAAACUAAAAGCAAACUAAUCGAAAAGAAUCUAGACAUAUCAAAUUUGCUGGCAGCAGAGCGCGAAAACCAUCUCAGUCUCGAAAACAUCACAGCAGAAGAUCUCCAUUCGAGCGAUUUUGAGGAUACUGAUGAUGAAUGGGAAGAGGUGAAAGUAAAGGAAGAAAAACCUCUAGUUCCUCAGGAGAACAUCGAAAUCAGAUUGGGAGGCAUGCCAGAUCACGUGAAGAAAAAGAAAGGUCUAGACUUACUAGCGGCUAUGAAAAGGCGCCUUAAUAGAAUCAGGAAAUCGAAUCAAGUACUCGUACACAAAGUACACAUACUCUGCUGGAUAGCACACGGAAAUUACCUUAACUCUGUCAUAAAUGAUCCGGAGUUACUCGCCCCGGCACUGUCUCUCCUGCCAUCGGAGAAAUCGUAUCCCCCCGACCGACCGGAUUUGGGGUAUUUGGAAAGGAUAGUUCAGUGGUAUAAAAAAGGCCUCAAAUUGGCUGAGAAACCGAAAUCCCCUUUCCUAGAACAACUGAAACGUUUGCAAAUGCAAAUCGAUGAAAAGGUUGCUUACGAUAAGAAGGAUUUCGUGUUGAUUUUCAUAGCAAUACUUAGAUCUAUAGGGCUCCAAUGUAGGUUGGUUUUGUCAUUGCAAGUCGAACCUUUACAUCCACCUAGCUCCGAACUGCAUUCGUUAUCCAACAAAGAUGAGGAAAAGAAAAAUUUGAACGUCAGUAAAGGGAAAAUAUCCGUACAAACCAAGGGUAGAAAUACUUCGAAAAUUGGCAAUAGUAGUAGGGAUACUAAAAACACCAGCCUCAAGAUUAAUCUGAGUAGAUUAAAAAAUGUAGACAACGUUAAAAAAAGUUCUACGUCCCCUAAUAGUAAAGAGGUAGUUGAGAAAGGUGUUAAAAAAGAGGAUCCAAAGAAGGAAAAAAGAGGCAAACCAACUAGAAAACAGGUAGAAGAUAAUGUAAAAAAAGCAACAGAUUCUACAGUAAAAGUUGCUAAAAAUUCAAAUAAAAAAACGUCAUCUAAGAAAGAAUCCAAAGAGGGAUUAAAAGACGAUUCAAGUAAGGAAAGCACAACAAAAUCAGAUGCAAAACCAGCAGAAGAAGAACCUAAAACUGUCAAAAGUAGGCCACAGCGUAUGGUAAAAAAUGGAAAAAAUUCAAACCAACAACCACCAAAGGAUAAGGAAGAACCCAAAGAUCCCCAACCUUCUCAAACCAGAUCUUCAAAAAGAACCUCAAAAAAACCGGUAAAAGAUACUAAAACUAAACCUAAGAAAACCACAAAAACGACACCAAUCGCUCAAUUAGACGGUGCAAACGACGAGAAAACCCCCAAAAAAGGCAAAAUCAACCUAACUAACCUGAGAAAGCAACCCGCCAGAAAAGUUUGCGCUGCGAAAACCCACGAAAAAUCCAAUCGAGCCGAUUCCGAAGACGAAUUUUCCUCCAAAUCUCCGCGAAAACCCACGAUUUCGCCCCAUUUGGACGUCAAAAACGACAUCAUCCAACUGAUAAAAGGCCGCAUAGCGGAACAAAAAGCCGCCGAUAGCAGAAAACUGGCGACCAACAAGAGAAAACCCGAACCCAGAGACUCGUCCGAUAGCGAUUACAUGCCGGAACCGGUCAAAAAGAAACACCACGACAGCGACAGCGAAAUCGAGCAGUUCCUGCCCAAAACGAAGGUGAAGAAACGGAUAAAAGUGAAGAAAGUCGGCGAUAAAUUGAAGGUUUUGUCGGACGACGAAGCCAAACCCAAGAAGAAAGGCAAUGACGUUUGGCUGGAGGUGUUUUUGGAAGCCGAGGAAAAAUGGAUUACUGUGGAUCUCGUCAAAGGACAGGUCCAUUGCGUCAAGGAAUUAUUCUCGAGGGCCUCUCAUCCUGUAAGCUACGUAGUCGCUUGGAAUAACGACAAUACGCUGAAAGACGUAACGAUGAGAUAUUGCAAGAACUUCAACACGGUCACGCGUAAGCUCCGAGUGGAAGUCAAAUGGUGGGAGGAAGCGUUGAGAGGCUUCAAAGAAGGCGACUCGCCGAGGAGCCGAGAGGAAGAUUACGAUUUGAGCAGGCAGCAGAUGGACCAACCGUUACCUUCGAGCAUAUCCGAGUACAAAAACCAUCCGUUGUACGCGCUCAGUAGGCAUUUGCUGAAAUUCGAAGCGAUUUAUCCGGAAGACAUCGUACCAUUGGGGUACGUUCGCAAGGAACCAGUCUAUCCGAGAAAUUCCGUGUACGUUUGCAAAUCCAGGGAUAUUUGGUUAAAGGACGCCAGAGUGGUGAAACCGGGAGAGAAACCUUACAAAAUCGUCAAAGGCAGGCCUAAAUACGAUAAAAUGUCUAAUCAAAUGAUAACGGGGCAACUUCUAGAGCUCUUCGGUAUCUGGCAGACGACCGAUUACGAACCGCCUGAGGCGAAAGAUGGCGUCGUGCCGAGAAACGCCUACGGUAACGUUGAACUCUUCAAACCUUGCAUGUUGCCUAAAGGAACAGUUCAUCUACAAUUGCCUGGUUUGAACAAGGUGUGCAGAAAACUGAACAUAGAUUGCGCUACGGCCAUAACGGGAUUCGAUUUUCACGGAGGUUGGAGUCAUCCUGUCUACGAUGGAUUUGUGGUUUGUAAAGAACACGAGGAGACUUGUAUCACUGCCUGGCAACAAGAACAAGAAGAGAUUGAAAGGAAAGAGGAAGAGAAAAUAGAGAAACGAGUUUAUACCAACUGGAAGAAGCUCAUUAGGGGAUUGUUAUUGAGAGAACGCCUCAAAGCUAGAUAUAAUUUCGGCGGCGGUGGAGCUAAAGGGAAUAAGAAAAAGUCGAAAAAAUAG